AUGGCAGAUCAAAACACCACUACAACAAGUACCACUAAACCUGAGGUAUCAACUAGCAUUCAAGAAGUUCCUGAAACGAAUGCUGAUGUUAAAAACGAAGUGAAAACCGAGGAACUUAAAGAGGAACCCAAAAUUGAACCUAAAAAAGAACAACCUGAAGUACUUAAAAAAGAAGAGCCCAAAAAAGAAGAGCCUAAAAAAGAAGAGCCUAAAAUAGUAGAGGUUAAAAAAGAAGAGCCCCCAAAAGAAGAGCCCAAAAAAGAAGAGCCUAAAAUAGAAGAGGUUAAAAAAGAAGAACCUAAAAUAGAAGUGGAUAAAAAAGAAGAGGUUAAAAAAGAAGAGCCUAAAAAAGAAGAGGAUAAAAAAAAAGAGGAUAAAAAAGAAGAGACUAAAAAAGAAGAGGCUAAAAAAGAAGAGGCUAAAAAAGAAGAGGCUAAAAAAGAAGAGGUUAAAAAAGAAGAGGUUAAAAAAGAAGAGGUUAAAAAAGAAGAACCUAAAAUAGAAGAGGUCAAAAAAGAAGAACCACAAGUAAAGCAGCCAGAGCCGAUUAGUGCUGCUAUUGUUGCAGAAGAGAAACCUAAAGAGAUUGCUAAAGAAACUAAGGUUGUUGAACCAAAACUUGAAGAGACUAAAGUUGGAGAACCAACUAAUGAAGCACCAACCAAAGUGGAACCAGCGAAAGAGGAACCAAUUAAAGAAGAACCAACCAAAAAGGAACCGGCUAAAGAGGAAUUAAUUAAAGAACCAAAGAAGGAAGAACCAAAACAAGAAGAACCAAAUCAAAAAGGGAAAGAGAAUUCUAAAGUUGAAGCAGUGGAAAAGAAAACUGAAGAAGUAUCAAAAGUAGUCGAAGAACAGAGUAAAGCAAGCCCCCCCGAAUCUAACCCACCCGAAGUUCCACCUAAAACUGAAGAUCAAACCGCUGAAGAUGCUCCCGAAGUUCCACCUAAAAAUUUAGAAAGUACCAGAGAAGUUGAAUCAAUUAAUAAGCGGAAGAGUCUCAUGAAAAAAUUCAAAGAAUACUUUUUCAAAAAAGAAACCAAAGAACCAACACCCGAAGCUAAAAAUACUAAAGAUACUAAAAUUGCAGAAACUUAA